AUGAAUUCACUAUCCUGGGAAGAAAGGGGCAUACGUGUUGAUGGAAGAUUUCUCUCGAACCUUCGUUUCGCGGACGACAUCGUUCUCUUUUCGAGCAGUACCAAUGAAGCAGAAACGAUGCUCAACGAAUUGAACGAAGCAGGGAAGAGAAUAGGACUACGAAUAAACAGAAAGAAGACACAGUUCAUGAAGAACGCCCACUGCGAGGACGGAGGAGUACAACUUGAAGGCUCCCAAAUCGUGGAAACUCCGUCAUACGUAUAUCUCGGACGUUCUAUGAACAUGGAAAACGACUUGAAGGAAGAACUGAAUAGAAGAAUGAGAGCAGCAUGGGCAGCAUUCGCAGCCGUCAGGGAAGCUACGGACCAACUGACGGACCAAGAUCUUCGUGCCCAUCUGUUCGACUCGACAGUCCUUCCAGCGCUCUGUUACGCAGCGGAGACGCGGGCAGACACCGCGGCCACGUCUAGGAAGCUACUUACUACCCACAGAGGUCUUGAGAGAUGUCUCCUGAAGUUUAACCGGCGCACACAACACCUUGCCGGUCUUCGUAGCUCCGACUUAAGAGGAAUGUCCUGUCUUCGCGACCCAGUGGAAUAUGUAUCGAAAGCAAAACAUAGAUGGGCCGGUCACAUCAUGAGAAGAAUCGACGAUAGAUGGACUAAAAGAACGCUAGAGUGGAUCCCAAAGGGCGCUAAACGCCCCCGAGGGAGACCGCCAACGAGAUGGGGUGACGUGUUCGCUGCACGGAUGGACCAGCCGAGAGCUCAGCUGGAUACGGCUCAAGGACCUCGUCAACGUCACUCACGAAGCUUGAGAACAUCUUGGAUGACAAUGGCGAAGGAACGAAACGAGUGGAAGAGAUGCUCGGGCCCACACGUCCAGCGAAGACGGGCCAUCUAA